AUGAAGGUCGCCGCGGCCAUCAGUGUCGCCCUCGCCCCUUACCUGGCGCAUGCCACCUUCGCCUUGCGUUGGUACUUUCGCAAUCCACCACCUGACGGCCUUGCGGAUGCGACUUUCCCCUUGCUCAUGCGGAGUGCAGGACACGUCGAAGGCUACUUCUUUGCUUAUCAAUUCCAAUUUGACAACAUCCCAAACGUUGCAUAUAUUGGCAUUCAGCCCCGUCCUGACUACGGCGGCAGAAGCGUCGUCCACGCUGCCUUUUCCUCGUUCCAGGGAGGAACUGAGACCUCUCACCCCAACUGCUAUUACGGCGCGGAUGGCGGACCAGGCGUUAGCUGCGCCAUUGACGUGUAUGGAGACUACUGGCAUCGCUACAACCUGGUUGUGGAAAACAUCCGCGGCACCACCUGGCGAGGCCGUCUCGUCAAUGAGGCCACGGGCCAGUCUCACGAAAUUGGUGUAUGGACUCUCCCGCGAGGAGCUGGUAAUAUGCAGUCAUGGGGGUCCGGGUUCAUUGAGCACUACAUGCAUGACAACUGUCGCCAGUGGCCAAAGAUUGGCGUGACCUUUUUCGAACCUUCAUCUACAAGCACUGGCAACUCUGGAAGUGUCCUGGACAUGCCUACGGACUAUGGUGUUUGCAGGCGGGUGGAGAACCUUCAAGUUGCUCGUACUGACGAGGGCUUCCGAAUCAACUACGGCCGUGCUUAA